AUGUUCCCAGUUUUUCUCUUGAUAUUUUUACUAAUUUUCGGUGGAAAAUGUCAAAAUGUGCAAAUUGAUUUGAAUUCGAUUUUGGAGGGUAUCAAUUUUCGAUCAGAUAAUGUCAGUUUUCAUUUUAAAAAUCUGAAUGUUCAAAAUGGAAAAAUUGAAUUUGAUGAAAUGAGUAUAAAUGGAAAUAGUAUUGUGGAAGAAGAACAUCAAAAAGGUGAGAUAAUUUCGAAACAUUUUGUUCUAUGACCAAUCAAACAAAAAAAACAUGCUGCAAUUAAAAACAUCAGUUUCAUUCAUUCACCCAUCCAACCAUAAAAACAAAAUGCCCUUUUUUUCUAUUUUCCAAUAAUUAUUCAAAGUUCAAAAAAGUUCAGAAAUAACAUCAACACCAAAAAAUGAAUAUAUUUUCGAAUAUCCUGAAUUAGCCGAGAUGCUUGAUAAUGAUAUUGAUCCUUGCGAUGAUUUUUAUGAACAUGUUUGUCAUCGAUGGAUUGAUUCAAAUAAUAUUUCGGAUGAUGAAACAUCUGUUGGUCAUAUGGAUUUAUUAACACAACGAGUUCAUUCACAAAUUCAAGGUUGUUCUUUUUUCAAAACUGAACGCAACACAUAAAUUCCAAAACAACAAAUAAAUAAUUACAGAAAUUCUCGAAAGCGAUUAUACUCUUGACACAACAGAAGAACAAAAAACUGUUCAUAAAUUUUAUGGAAAAUGUAUGAAACAUAAAAAAUCACCAGACAAUAAAGCAUACGAAAUGUUGUUGCUACAACUGGCGUGAGUAAUCUCUUUUUGAAUAAAGGAUUUUUUUAAUGUAAACACAAAUUUCAGAAAAGUUCACGGUUUAAAGAAGAAUUCCACAUUGACUGAUUGGAUGAUCGAAUUUCGACCGAUGAAUUUUUUCGUUGAUCUUUCAGUUGGAAUAAAUGAAUAUAAUUCGAGUUUGAGAGUUUUACAAGUGAGAUUAUUUAUAUUCAAUUCAAAUGUAAUUCUUUUAACUCAGAUAAUGCCAAGUCAUCCAACUCUCAGUCACAAUGCUUAUUCAAAACGAGAAUAUCGUCAUGAAUAUUUGGCAAUGCGCCAAUUUCUCGGUCAACUUUUGGAUUUAAUUCAAGCUGAUGACGUUGAUGGAAAAGUAUUUGGAGGAAAAGCAGAAGAAUAUGAAGCGAGAAUUGAAGCAUUUUUUGAAGUUGAUAAACAAUUGGCACAAAUUGCAUAUUUUGAUCAAUAUAAUAAAACAACAACAAUGUCAACAUUUUCAGAUUUGAAUUCAUUGUUUACAAGUGUAAGGACUGAAAAGCUCUCCCUUUAAUAGCCAAAUUCUGAAUGUUUUCAGCUCGAAUGGGAUCGAUAUUUUUCAAGUUUCAAAGAUUCCAAAUUACUUGAUCUACUUAAAACAAUUGAAAUUCAAAUAAUUGACGAAGAAGGACUGAUGAGAAUUGAUAAAAUGUUGAAGACAAUAAAUCAAACAACACUUGAAUAUUAUCUUGAUUGGGAAGCAAUUAUGUAUUUUGGUGAAUUUUUCGAUUAUCGAUAUCAAGAAGUAAUGCAAGGAUAUAAUGUUGCUGUUUCUGGUGCAAAAACACAAAGCAAAGAAAAAGAUUGUAUGUCAACAACAAGCACAAUAUUUUAUGAUUUAGUUGCUCAAAUUUAUGUUCAAAAAUAUUUUCCAACUUCGACAAGACAAGAAGUAACAGAAAUGGUUACUAAUAUUGUUGAAAGUUUUGAAAAUAUGUUGAUAAAUAAUACAUGGAUGGAUAAAUCAACAAAAUCAGCUGCUUUGGAAAAAUUACAUUCUAUGAAAAAGUUCAUUGGAUUAAAUGAUCAGAUAUUCAAUACCACGUGGAUUGCUAAAAAAUAUGAGAAAUUGAGUUUGGAAGAAAAUGACACUUAUUAUACGAGUAUGUUGAAAAUACAACAAUGGACACAAAAUGUUAUAUUAUCACGAUUAAAUACAACAAGAUCAAUUCAAGAAUUCGAAUUUCCAUCGACCGAUGUUAAUGCAUUUUAUGAUCCAACAAGUAAUAGUAUUGCAUUAACUGCUGCUAUUUUACAAUCUCCUUAUUUUAAUUUAAGUUUACCAAGGUUAGCCUAUUUGGAUGUUUUACGGAAAUUUCAUAACAAAAACACUCUCUGGAAUUUUACUUGAAAGAUAAUAAUAUUUCAUGAAAAUUUCAAAGUUUAAGACUUUCUCUGUGAAUUAUAUACUUCGGAAAAAAAGAACUCUAUUCCUCGCUUUACUCUCCCAUUCCCUAAAAGUUCUUAUUUCUAGCUCGAUAAAUUAUGGAGCCAUUGGUAUUGCAAUCGGUCAUGAAAUAACACAUGGUUUCGAUAUUUCUGGUGCUGAUUAUGAUAAAUUAGGAAAUCGAAAAAAUUGGUGGGAUACAACAACAAUGAAAACAUUUAUGAAUUUAUCAAAAUGUUUUAUCGAUCAAUAUUCAAAUAUAACUGUUGAUACAACAAAUCUAACUGUGAGUUUGCAAAAAAAAACAGUUUGAAGCAAUUAAAGUAAACUGACAGAUUGAUGGUCGUCUAACUCUCAAUGAAAAUAUUGCUGAUAAUGGAGGAAUUCGUGCAGCAAUUCAAGCUUUCAAAAAACUUCCACCUCCAACAAAUCUCGAAAAAAUUCGAGGUCUCGAAACGAAAUCCCCACUUCAACUAUUCUUUAUUUCAAAUGCGUAUGUUUGGUGCAGCAAAAUUCGCCCUCAACAAAUAUUAUCUCGAUUGUAUUCCGAUGUUCAUUCACCAGAAAAAUGGCGGAUAAAUACGGUAUUCUCAAAUCAACCCGAAUUUGCUGAAGCAUUUCAAUGCAAACUUGGAUCAAAUAUGAAUCCGGUGAAAAAGUGUAAAGUUUGGUGA